AGAUAUAAAGGAAAAACAUAUCGUGCCACAGUAGAACUGGUAAGAACAUCAGACCAGGUGUCAGAAUUCUGUCGGAAAACCUGCAUCAAACUGGAAUGUUGCCCGAAUUUGUUUGGACCAUUUAUGGUUCUUGAUCAGUGCUCUGAAAACUGUUCUGUGCUUACAAAGACCAAAUAUACUCAUUAUUAUGGAAAGCGCCGAGCGCGGAACUUAGCCAAUCCAUCUGGAAUUUUGCGUAGCAUAGAAGCUGCACUAAAGAAACCUGCCAAGAAGAGGAGGAGGAAAAAGCAUUUCUUCGUCCAUAAGAAAAAGCGGUCAUCCAAUUCUGUAGACAACAGUCCUGCAGGAAGCCCUCAGGGGAGUGGUGAUGAGGAGGAGGAGGAGGAAGAUGAAGAUGAUUCUCCUAGUGAGGAGAGUGUCCAGGAGCACCAGGAGGGCUCAGAGCCUUCAGGGAAA